CGCUCCUUGCCGCUCGGCGGCGGCCGGCACUCGGGCGGCUGCGGGCAGUUGUCCCGCAUGGCGGAGCGGCCCGGGCCGGGCGGCGGCGGCACAGGGACCGAGCCGGGCCGAGCCGAGCCGGGGGAAGCGCCGCCGGGAUGGCCCGCUGGAUCCCCACCAAGCGGGAGAAGUACGGUGUCGCAAUCUACAAUUACGAUGCUGCCCAAGAUGUGGAGCUCUCCUUGCAAGUUGGUGACACCGUUCACAUUCUGGAGAUGUAUGAAGGCUGGUACCGAGGAUACACACUCCGAAAUAAAUCUAAGAAGGGCAUUUUCCCAGAAACAUAUAUCCAUUUAAAGGAGGCAACCGUGAAGGACCGAGGGCAACAUGAAACGGUGAUUCCAGGUGAACUGCCCCUUGGGCAAGAGCUGACUUCCACCCUGAGGGAGUGGGCAGUUAUCUGGCACAAGCUGUAUGUGGAUAACAAGACAACACAGUUCCGUCAUGUCCAGCAAAUGACUUACAGUCUGAUAGAAUGGAGGUCACAGAUCCUGUCUGGGACUCUUCCCAAAGAUGAACUGGCUGAACUCAAGAAGAAAGUCACUGCUAAAAUUGACUACGGUAACAGGAUCCUAGGUUUGGACCUGGUUGUACGAGAUGACAAUGGGAACAUCUUGGACCCAGAUGAAACCAGCACGAUCUCUCUCUUCAAGGCCCAUGAAACCGCAUCCAAAAGGAUUGAUGAAAGAAUCCAGGAAGAGAAGUCCCUGCAACAGAAUUUGGACCUCCGAGGGCAGCCAAUAUUCAACACAACACACACCUAUAGCCUGUAUGUAAACUUCAAGAAUUUUGUCUGCAAUAUUGGAGAAGAUGCAGAGCUGUUAAUGAGCCUCUACGAUCCCGACCUCUCCAAAUUCAUCAGUGAAAAUUACCUGGUUCGUUGGGGGAGCAAUGGGAUGCCUAAAGAAAUUGAGAAGCUAAAUAACCUUCAAGCAGUCUUCACUGAUUUAAGCAGUUCUGACCUGAUCAGACCGAAAAUCAGCUUGGUAUGUCAGAUUGUGAGGGUGGGGCAUAUGGAGCUAAAAGAUGGGAAGAAACAUACGUGUGGACUUCGGAGACCGUUUGGUGUGGCAGUGAUGGACAUAACUGAUAUCAUACACGGAAAGGUGGAUGAUGAGGAAAAGCAACAUUUUAUUCCAUUUCAGCAGAUUGCCAUGGAAACAUACAUCAGACAGCGACAGCUAAUUAUGUCCCCACUGAUAACUUCCCAUGUGAUCGGAGAAAAUGAGCCCCUCACUUCUGUCUUCAACAAAGUCAUCGCUGCAAAGGAAGUGAAUCAUAAAGGGCAAGGUCUUUGGGUCUCCCUGAAGCUGCUUCCUGGCGAUCUAGCACAGGUUCAGAAGGAUUUUUCCCACCUUGUAGACAGAUCAACUGCUGUGGCUCGCAAAAUGGGAUUCCCUGAGAUAAUCCUGCCUGGUGAUGUUCGAAAUGAUAUCUAUGUCACCCUGGUGCAAGGAGAGUUUGACAAAGGCAAGAAGAAGACUCCCAAGAAUGUAGAAGUCACCAUGUCUGUACAUGAUGAAGAUGGCAAUCUCCAAGAGAAAGCUAUCCAUCCUGGUGCUGGUUAUGAAGGUGUCUCUGAGUAUAAGUCUGUUGUUUAUUAUCAAGUCAAGCAACCUUGCUGGUAUGAAACUGUAAAGGUGGCCAUUGCAAUAGAGGAAGUCAGUCGUUGCCAUUUAAGAUUCACUUUUCGUCAUCGGUCGUCACAGGAAUCUAGGGAUAAGUCUGAGAGAGCAUUUGGUAUGGGCUUUGUGAAGCUGAUGAAUGCGGAUGGAACAACACUCCAGGAUGGCAAACACAACUUGAUUGUUUAUAAGGGUGAUAACAAGAAAAUGGAAGAUGCUAAAUGCUAUUUAACCCUUCCUUGUACAAAAAUGGAGAUGGAGGAGAAGGAGGCCCCUUCAGGGAAAAAUCUGCACCACCUAGCCAACUUCACACCCACUAAAGAUAGUACAAAAGACAGCUUCCAGAUUGCCACUUUGAUCUGCUCCACCAAGCUCACCCAGAAUGUUGACCUGCUGGGUUUGUUGAACUGGCGUUCCAACUCUCAGAACAUAGCCCACAACCUAAGGAAGCUCAUGGAGGUGGAAGGAGGAGAAAUUGUAAAGUUUUUGCAAGACACCCUUGAUGCCCUUUUCAACAUAAUGAUGGAAAUGUCAGAAAAUGAAACCUACGACUUCCUUGUGUUUGAUGCACUGGUAUUUAUUAUUUCUUUAAUCGGAGACAUCAAGUUCCAGCAUUUCAACCCUGUACUUGAAACUUACAUUUACAAGCACUUCAGUGCAACCCUGGCAUACGUGAAACUCACGAAAGUACUGAACUGCUAUGUGGGAAAUGCCGAUGACUCCAGCAAGACAGAAUUGCUGUUUGCUGCUCUGAAGGCCUUGAAGUACCUUUUCCGGUUCAUCGUUCAGUCGCGAAUAUUGUACCUGAGGUUUUAUGGGAAAAGUGAAGAAGGGGAUGAAUUUAAUGAUGCAAUACGCAAGCUGUUCCUCUCCUUCAACGUCCUCAUGGACCGUCCUUUAGAGGAGGCUGUCAAAAUUAAGGGUGCAGCUUUAAAGUAUUUGCCAAGCAUCAUAAAUGAUGUCAAACUAGUAUUUGAUCCUGUUGAGCUCAGUGUCCUCUUCAGCAAGUUUAUCCAAAGUAUUCCUGACAACCAGUUAGUUCGACAGAAGCUAAACUGCAUGACCAAGAUAGUCGAGAGUGAUCUGUUUAAACAGUCGGAAUGCAGAGAUGCUCUCCUGCCUCUACUGAUAGACCAGCUAAGUGGCCAGCUGGAUGACAAUUCAAACAAGCCUGACCAUGAGGCCUGCUCACAGCUCCUUAGCAGUGUUCUGGAAGUUCUGGAUCGGAAAGAUGUGGGGCCUACUGCUGUCCACAUCCAGCUGAUCAUGGAACGUCUGCUACGGAGAAUAAACCGCACAGUGAUUGGAAUGAGCAGGCAGUCUCCACACAUUGGUAUUUUUGUGGCCUGCAUGACAGCUAUCCUGAGGCAGAUGGAUGAUUUCCAUUACAACCAUUACAUCAAUACUUUCAAAACCAGGCAGGACAUUAUUGAUUUCUUGAUGGAAACAUUCAUAAUGUUUAAAGAUCUGAUUGGAAAAAAUGUUUAUGCAGCUGACUGGAUGGUCAUGAAUAUGAUGCAGAGCAGGGUUUUCCUCCGGGCAGUGAACCAAUUUACUUCUGUACUCAACCGUUUCUUUCUGGAUCAAGCAAAUUUUGAACUCCAGCUCUGGAAUAACUAUUUCCAUUUGGCAGUGGCCUUUCUCACUCAUGAAUCCCUCCAGCUGGAGACCUUCUCGCAAGCCAAGCGCAACAAAAUUAUCAAGAAGUAUGGGGACAUGAGGAAAGAAAUUGGCUUCAAAAUAAGGGAUAUGUGGUAUAAUUUGGGUCCCCACAAAAUAAAAUUUAUUCCAGCAAUGGUAGGGCCAAUCCUGGAGGUAACGCUGGUCCCAGAGCCUGAGCUACGGAAAGCCACCAUUCCCAUCUUCUUUGAUAUGAUGCAGUGCGAGUUUAACUUCAGUGGGAACAGAAACUUCCACAUGUUUGAAAAUGAGUUGAUAACCAAGCUGGACCAGGAAGUCGAGGGUGGCCGAGGGGACGAACAGUACAAGAUUUUGCUGGAGAAACUCCUCCUGGAACACUGUCGGAAGCAUAAAUAUCUGUCUGCUUCUGGAGAAGUGUUUGCUUUGCUGGUCAGCAGCUUGCUAGAGAACCUGCUGGACUACAGAACAAUCAUGCAUGAUGAAAGCAAGGAGAACCGCAUGAGCUGCACUGUCAACGUGCUGAAUUUUUAUAAGGAGAAGAAACGAGAGGACAUUUAUAUCAGAUAUCUGUAUAAACUCCGGGACCUGCACACAGACUGUGAGAACUUCACAGAGGCAGCAUACACUCUCCUCCUCCAUGCAGAGCUGCUCCAGUGGUCUGAGAAGCCGUGCGUGCCUCAUCUGCUGCAGAGGGACAGCUACUACGUCUACUCACAACAGGAACUCAAGGAAAAGCUCUACCAAGAAAUUAUCUCCUUCUUCGACAGGGGCAAAAUGUGGGAAAAAGCCAUUCAGCUAAGCAAAGAGUUGGCUGACAUGUAUGAAAACAAGGUCUUUGAUUAUGAGGGACUUGGUAAUCUCCUGAAAAAACGAGCUACUUUUUAUGAAAAUAUCAUGAAGGCAAUGAGACCUCAACCAGAGUACUUUGCUGUGGGAUACUAUGGUCAGGGUUUCCCCUCUUUCCUCCGGAACAAAAUUUUUAUCUACCGUGGCAAGGAGUAUGAACGAAGGGAAGACUUCAACCUGAAGCUACUGACCCAGUUCCCUAGUGCUGAGAAGAUGACCAGCACUGCCCCUCCAGGAGAGGAGAUCAAGUCUUCUCCUAAACAGUAUGUGCAGUGCUUUAUAGUGAAGCCUGUGAUGAACCUGCCACCUAAUUAUAAAGACAAACCUGUUCCUGAACAGAUCUUAAACUACUACAGAGCAAACGAGGUACAGCAGUUCACACACUCCCGACCAUUCAGGAAAGGAGAAAAAGAUCCAGAGAAUGAAUUUGCUACUAUGUGGAUAGAAAGGACAACCUACACAACAGCAUACUCAUUUCCAGGCAUCCUCAAGUGGUUUGAAGUCAAGCAGAUUACAACGGAGGAGAUCAGCCCCUUGGAGAAUGCCAUAGAAACGAUGGAGCUAACCAACGAGAAAAUCAGCAACAUUGUCCAGCAGCACGUCUGGGACCGGAGUCUUCCAGUACAUCCUCUGUCUAUGCUCCUGAAUGGGAUCGUGGACCCAGCAGUCAUGGGGGGAUAUACCAACUACGAAAAGGCCUUUUUCACGGAGAAGUAUCUUCAAGAGCAUCCUGAAGAUCAAGAUAAAAUUGAGCUGCUUAAGCAAUUAAUUGCUCUACAGAUGCCAUUGUUGGCAGAGGGGAUCAGGAUCCACGGUGAGAAGCUGACAGAACAGCUGAAGCCUCUACACGACAGACUGACAGCCUGUUUCAAAGAGCUGAAGAAGAAAGUGGAGAAGCAGUAUGGUGUGAUAACUUUGCCUCCCUCGCUCACCGAGAGGAAACCGAGCAGGUCAGGCUCUGUCGUGUUGCCCUAUAUCAUGUCUUCCACGCUGAGACGCCUUUCUGUCACAUCCGUGGCCUCUUCUGUGAUCUCUACAUCUUCCACGUCGUCGGAUAGCACUUCUUCCAGGCCAGGUUCAGACGGAUCUAUUCUGGAGCCUCUCUUGGAGAGAAGAAUAUCAACGGCCUCCAGAGCUGAGGAUCUGCCCAUCAAAGAAGAUGGUGAUAACAGGAUUUGCAAACUCAAGCGGAAGGAGUGGAGUAUUAGCAAGUCUCAGGUUAUUGUGGAGAAGGAGCCAGAAAUGGAACUGACUUUAAAAAUGAGCUUGUCUGGAAAAGCACAAAGGCCAAAGAGUCUUCAAUUAGGAGACAACAAACUAACUUUGCUACAGAGUUCUUCACUCCAGCAGUCGUCGCCUCUCAGCCCACCACCCAUCACUCCCAAAACGCCAAGAACCCACAGUUUUCCCUCAUUGCAAGCUGAUGGAUUGUCAACUGCUAGCUUGCAGGGUACCCCGCCUCCACCUCCGCCUAAAAACAAACCCUACGAGAAUAGCAACCCGAGGAAUUCUGUGGAGGCUGCUCCACCACUACCUAACAGACGUGAAGCCAAACCUCCCCCUCCACCUCCAAAAACCAGAAAAUCCAGCGUUGUCUCUUCAGAGCAAGGAUUGCAGUGAGGAUUGUUACUUGCUUGGCUCACAGCAAGUGCCUAGAGUGAAAUGGCUGCUUUCUUUUCACCGACAUGCUGGGCCUUUCUGACCCUAAAGACCUACUGAUCUCACUUGCCAUUCCAUUCAUGUCCCUUGGAGUUCUUCCUUGGAAAUACCAAAAGGAACUUAGUUGUAACUAUUCCUAACCUCUGGUUUACCUUUCCAAUCAUGAGACACUAAUCACAUGUGGGAAGAAGUCAGCCUACUGGAACUCCUGUUUGUCUUAGUCUUGUCUGUCCUGAACUCAGUCACUGAUGCAAUUUCAGCAGCUCAUUCCUAGCAUAAAGCUGUCACUGUAGUGAUUUGCACCAGUGCUUGAACCAAGGUAAGCCACACCAGUAUGAGAUACAUUCUACAGUAUUUCCACAUAGGUUCGUUACAGCUUUGUGGCUGUCCUAGUGCACAGAUCCUUCCUUUUGCCCCUGUAGCAUAGCCAAGCCCUGCUUUGCAUGAAGUGAGAUGAUCACAGCCAUGCCUAAGCUGUGAAAUGUCUGCUCCUGAGAUGUCAGGUGCUGGCAUAUGAUAUGUAGUCUCCUAAGAUUCUUGAUUGCAGGCAGAGACCUGAGCAUUGUUAGCAGAAAAAGAAACCUAUUUUCUGCUAGUCGUCAUAGGUAUUUAAGAUGAAGUGCAGACAUUCUGCCUUAUGCCACCUCUGCUCAAGUAGUGGCAAUUGCUCACUCCCAGUGGAGAGUUUAGGUUCACCAGUCCUUUGUCAUAGUUUCACUGUUGAUUCUGGUUUUGACACUACAGAGCAGUCGAUAUUCCUUCUUUUGUGAUGUUACUACUUUGUUUUGCAUCUGGGACUUGGUACAAUAUCUCAUCUAUGUGCUUUUUUAAUAGGGUGUAAAAAGUUAUUUUUCUCCUGUGAAUGUCUUAGAGCGGGUAGAAGUUCCAUCAAACCAGUACUGUGUUGAGAGCAGCAACCUGGAGAGGAUGGAGCGGGUAAAACUGGUCACCCGGACCUCAGAAACAAAGUUUGAUAGUUAAUGUAACCUUUACUUUGGCUGGCCAAUUCCACGUAAAUAAUUCUCAUCUCCCCCCCGGGUUGUGGCAGUACUUGCACUUUGUUUUGUAGCCUCCCUUGAUCUAAGUUGCUAACAGCCACUGGGCUUUAAGGAACCGUUUAGAUCUGGGAUGCAUGUGGAAGACUUGACACUUACCCACCAAGUUUCCUGUUGCUUGGAUUACUCCAGCUCUGCAGCUUCUCUUUCCUUGGAGAGCAGGAUAAUAAUAUUAUUUAUAAGUAUUUUGUUAAUCUGUUUAGUUUUUUUUUUUUCUUCUAGCUAUUUAUUCCCUGUUGUCUCAGAAUGUUAGCAUCAGUCUUUCUGUUUUAUUUAUUCUAGAGAAAAAAAUGACAUGAUCUUGGGGUUUAAUGUUUUUAAAUUCAUGCGACCCAUGCAGAAAAAGGCUGUUGGACACAGUUAAAUACCACAUCCUCACAGUUACAUGGUGACCAAUCAUAGAACACAAAUACUGUUAUUUAUGGACCAGAUGGGCCUUAGACUCAAUCACCAUUCCUCUGUGCCUGAGCUGCCACCAGAAGAUUGCUGUUUAAAAUAAUAAUAAUAAUACUCCAUAGUAUUAGUGUUGGCAGUUGCAUUUUGCACCUUGUAGGGCUGCUGGUCUCUGAGCUUGGGCAACCUUAGAUCCGCUCCUCCCCUGGGGUGGGGAACUUGCUCAGCUGCGUCAGCUUCCAGGGAGUUUGUACAACACUUAGGCCAGAAGUGCUUUGUGGAGGUGGACCUUCCUAAACACCCUGUUCCAGAAGUAAUGCAUUGUGGAGAACUUCCCUGUUUUCUCUUCAAGCUACAUGUCCUAACUUCCAUGUAUGUCCCCCAGAGUUGCUACCAGCAGCUGCAAAGUCCGUCAGGUUUGGUUUUUUCUUGCUUUGUAAGAAUUGUUCUCUUCCGUCACAUUCAGACAGGAUAUUUUGCCUCUGUGGGUGGCCUAUUUAUAAACGUAGCUUCCAUAGUGGCUGUUAUUUUCACUGAUGUUUUCUAGGGAAGGGAAAAAAUCGCUCAUUGUUAUUGUUCCCUUUUACUGUGAAUCUCAGGAAACACGGGAGUUUGCCUGCAAAGUUUAGAUCCAAACUGUUUCAUUAGCUAGAAGUUUCUUAGAGCUCAUCAUAAAGAGGGACCAGCUGAAGUUUGUUUGAACUUAGAUAAAAUAUAGAUAGUCGGUUGCCACUUGUGGCCUAUUCCUUUAUCAUCAUGUUGAUGAAGAUUCUUCUGUGUGCUCUUUCUUCCAGGAAAUGAUUUUGCUCAGCUCUAACUGUCAUUUAGCUUCUGAUUGUCUGGCAAAAUUCGUGGAGAGGUGUUAAAAGCCCUGCUGAGGAUGUUGCUCACAACAGUAAAUAGACCGUUGUUUGGUUUGGGUUUCUUUUUGCAGGCCACCAUUCUGCUCACGUGACUUAGUGAGUUUCAUCACGUUAGUGAAAGCUUAUUUGAGAAAGGCUUUAAUUAGACCUAAAGUCUUUUUCAGAGGAAAACAAAAUCUUGCUCUUAAAAGUUCCUUUGGCUUCUGUGUUAACUCCAGUUAAAGAAACCUGCAGAAGCUGCAUUUAUUUUGCUGCCUGUCAACUUAUUUAUUCAUUUUUUUUGCAGCCUGCUUUUAUUUUGCCGGCUCUCUAGGCAGAUUGCAUUCAUUAAAGGGUCAUAUCAGAUUCACAUCACAGAGCAGGAUGGAGACAUUUUGGAAGCGGCACUGCAGUCACAGUCGUGCUCGCUGUAGCUCACAUGCCAUUGUCUUUGGGGUUGUCACCUUCUCUUGGGAAAUCUUUGAAACCUUUCCGGACAACUUGGCUGUGUUUCACCGCCUCUCUGGUGCAUUGUAGGACUUGUCCAAGAACGUAAUGUGGAGCUGACAUAGACACUGCUUGACUUGAAAACCACUGGGUUUUCUCGUCUUUGGCUUUUUUUGUCCACUUCUUCCCCUUCAUGUAGCUACUGUCUUCCUUCUGCUGCUGUCUCACACGUAAACUGAAGGAUCCUCUGGAACUCUUUACUUGAAGAACUUUUUUGUCUUCAGAGAGAACUUUGCUUAAGGCAGAGCAGUAAGAUGUGGUGUGAAUUGUAGAAACCUGAAGCUCUCCACCAGCUUGGCCACGUAUCCAUCCACAUGUACAUUAACACCACCUAUUGUUAAUUCUGUGCCUUGCCUCAUCCUGCAUCUGCCUGUUGCCUCAUUCCUAGGUGCUUUCUUUUCCUUUUCAGGGGGGGUUUGCUUUUAACUCCUUGGGUAAGUCAGCAGAAACAAGAGCCUGCAGGAAUCUCAGCUAAUGGUUUGGCUGUAGUGGGACAACAGAAUAAAUGGGAGGUUUGGGUAUUUUAAUUCCAAGUGACUUCUGAGUCUUGCUUCCCUGCCUUUCUGAUCUGCUUUACUGACUUGCAGAUGCACCUUGUGCAUUCACCAGGAUUUUUUCGUGGAGGAUGGAACUGGUCUGUGCAAAAAGACCUUUUCCCCCUUGGAUCAUGCCUCUGCCAGUCAUUGGGAACACAGUCCUGUCUUUCAUGUGUGCUACUCCUAGGUGCUGGUAGCUGAGCUCGCCCUAAAUACCCAAGGCAGCUGCCUCACUCGGGAGGUUCCUUGAUGUUUUUUUGGUCUGCUGUCUGCACAGUUGAGGCCUUUCUUCUUGCCGCCCCUGUUGCCUGGCCGGUUGGAGAUGGUUGUAGCUGAGACAUCACCGUUACUGCAAGGAAAGGAACAGCUGAUGCCUAAAGACAACAGGGCAAGGAGAUCUCCAUUCCCAAAACGUUUGGGGCAUUUUCAUUGGCAGAUUUUCUAUGCCAAGGGUUUAAAGUUGAACACUUUUUUUUUUUUGUAGCAUUAUUUUUGUUCUAAGAACCUGUUUGAAGUGCUGUAAACUCUUCCCUCUUCUUCUUGCCUUUGGGCAACCUAACUCACAGGUAGGAGUUCAGUUUUUUUUAAGUAUUACUGACUGUGAGGUUUGAAGAGUUGCGUUCUUAGCUGAUACAAGUCAGCAGCAUUUCCUUAGAGGUACAAGAUGGAAUUUCUGUACUGUGCCCAAGUGAUUUAGGGCUUCACGCCAAUUUUGGAAAAAAAUAUCAUCUUCAAGUGUCAGAUUUUUAAAAGCAAUUGGGCUUUUAAGUGUGUGAAGAAAGCAUGGGGCCUGACUGACUUUAAUUAAGUAGAAUUUAGUGCCCACGCUCAUGUGAGAAACCCCACUAGACCUCUGAUUUUAUUUUAUUUUUUGACUUAAGUUCUGAGAUCUAAUUUUCAGAGACAAUUUAAGGUCUCACUGCUUCCUUUUCAUCUUUCCACGUUUCUUAGAUGACUCUGUAAAUGUCAUCCAAUGUCUUUUAACCUGUAGGACUGAAAAUGGGAGUAGGGGAACAAUCCAUGAUGGUGUCUUCUCUGCAUGCCAGAACUGAAAGCAAGCAGCAGCAUUUCUACUGAGUUCGUAGUUCUGAAUAAAACAAAUCUCAAAGUUAAAUAUCCAGUCUGCAGAGAAGACAAAAUCUUAAUCCCAUUUCAUGGCCAUGCUGUUCAAAGCUAGUGUUAAAUUUCAAGUCUUAGAGGAUUUUUUUUUUUUCUCUUUGGAGAAAUAUGCUCAACACUUGUUUUCUGGAGCUUUUAAUUAAAAUUUGUCAUGCUGUGAUAAAGUCCUUUAAAAAUGUUACAGGCUCUAAUCCAUAUCAGGGGAAGAGAGAAACAGACAGCUUUCCAUUUCAGUGGAUUAGUGGAUUAGGAAAGGACACCGAUUCCAGUGAGGACAGCUCUGUGAUCUGCAGUGGCAGAACUACCGCGAUGUGUAUGUAGCAGUUGUUGAGAACCUUCACACUGUGCAGCCCGGCGUACGUUCCACGAUGAACAGUGAGUUAGACUUGUAGUAAUAAUGGCUCAGAUUUUCUCUCCUUAUUUAUUUUUAUAAUUGUAAAUGGAAAUAAUAAGUUUAAGAUGUCUGUAGCUUAACUGUAAUCUUUUUUUUUUUUAACGUAAAAACAUUCCUGACCGUUACUGCUACCCCUUUUUCAAUUUGUUAAUUAAAAAUCUAUCUUAUAUUCACUGUUGCAGACUGUUAUGUAGUGGAGCAGGGUGAGCUUUUCGAAGACUAUAUCAGAAAGAAAAAAUACACAAAUAAAUGUGAUUCAUUUAUUGCAUGGUAGGAGGUAGGCUUUUCAAAAGCACAUGAGGUUCACUUAAUUCUGCUCCUAUUAACGUUCUUCCUAAUCUUCAGAGUAUAUCACAGCGUAUAUUUAAGUGAUUAUGAUGUAAAAAGAUCCCAGUUGGAGCAGAGCUAAGUUCCUAGUGUGUGCUCUGCCCCCAGUAGAUAAAUAAAAUCAGGUCAUGUUAAUGUCUGUGCCUGUCCAGCACAGUCCCCGAGGGGUACAGUGUGAAAAUCAGGUGUGGAAAGCACCUUUAGGGCAUUGUGCGUGCACCAUGGCAAGUACACAAAGGAGUCAUGGCUGUUGGGAGAUGGAGGAGCUUAACAAAAGUGAACAACAUCUGUUUGUGCAGCCUUGGUCUGAGCUGGUUUGAGGCUGUCACUGAAUUCAUGGGACAUGCCUGACUGCACGCGUUGGACCUGCGUUUCGGGAAGAACAGUCUGCAGUUUUUGUGUGCGUGCACGGAGGUGCAAGUCCUCAGCAGCUCUGAAAUUCAGCCCCAGCAUGCCUGGUGUUCAUUGAUGUAGUCGAUCACUGUUGGUAUUACAAGGGUUUAAUGACAUGAUAAACUGCGAGACAUGUUUGUUUGGAAUUCAGGAGAAUGUGGAUGUUGUGUAACGUGUUUUUGUGAGUGCUUUGAGAUGCUGGGUGUGAUGGUUUAGUUACAAAACCCACCUCUACAGACUGCAAAUACUUUUUUUUCCUGCUCUUUAAUCCUCUGCAGUUGAAUCAGCAAAAAAAAUACAGCUUUUAAAGUGGCUCUGGAGAAAGUAGGAGCCAAGCUUUGGAAAUGGAGUCUGCAUCUCUUUGGGUAAAUGGCGCGUGAUUCACAAAGUCUGUAAAGCAAGGUGUAUAAAUUCUUGUGUUUUUUUUUAAAUGUAUUAACUAUUGUAAAGUUUGUAAAUACCUUUUUAAUAUAAAUGUAGUUUUUAUGAGUGAACCAGUAAAAAAAAAAAACAAACAUAAAAGUCUUUCAUGUGUGGCCUACUGACGUAUGAGAGGAUUUGCCUUCCAACAGUAAAUUUACUCUUAAUUUUUAA